ACGUGUAACAACACGGGGGUGAGGACAGCUCCAAAGUGCCUAUGUCACUGUUCAGGAUCAGGCUUAGGCUACUUGAAUCGCGUCGGGAUUUUUGAAAAUUUUACCCAGACUCAUUUUUGAUUUGGUAGCGGCAGACACAUCUUAAUUUAAAACAAGGACCAAACCCAAACAUACGAGAGUGAGACACCAUGGCGCAGUAGGUCACAAGCAGAAAGCAGAGAAACACCAUGAGACAAUGACAGCGCUUAGCAUUGGCUCACUUUACAUCAAAUUGGUUUGUGAAAUUGCAUUGUGAGGGUGAAUGUCAUUCUGUCAUCUUUUUUCCCCUUUCAGGUGUUAACUGUUCAUCUGUGUACCUGAUGCUGAAAUUUGUUCUUCUUUAAAUUGAGGAGACCAUUGUUAUGAUUCUCCGUGACUAAGUACCAUUCCCCCCAUCGUUACGUUACGUUAUAUGCCAAGCUGAUACAAUGAUGAAUUCUCAAAGUUUCUCAUUACCAACAAUGGUGCCCAGUAGCUCUGUUAUUAAUAGCUCCGUGACUAGUAACUUAUCAACGAACAAUCCACCCAGCAAAUCAGUUCUCAUUAGCAAACCGUUUAAAUGCUCUGAAUGUGGCAGGUCUUUUGCCCAGCUGACGGAGCUGGAGCUUCAUGAGAUGUCUCACGCUGCGGAGCGACCGUAUCGCUGCGAGCUCUGUGGAAAGACCUUUGCGCAGACAUCAGCUCUGGUGAAGCACCAGCGUGUUCACACAGGAGAGAAGCCUUACAAGUGUCCCAUGUGUGGGAAGACUUUUGCCCUGUCCUCUGGCCUGGUACUACACAAACGCAUUCACACUGGCGAGCGGCCCCACACCUGCCCGCUCUGCGGCAAGAAAUUCAUCUCCUCCUCCCACCUGGCCCUGCAUCUGCGCUCGCACACGGGCGAGAGGAAGUACAAGUGCAAUGUGUGUGGGAAGCUCUUCCUACAGUCCUCGCACCUUGUGAGGCACAAAGCAAUCCACACGGGGGAAAAGCCCUUCAAAUGUGAGGACUGUGGGAAGAACUUUGGGCGUGCCUCACACCUGAAGACUCACAGACGUGUUCACACAGGGGAGAGGCCUUUCAAAUGCACCCAGUGCGAGAAGGCCUUCACACAGAAGGCAGGACUGAUCCUGCACAUCCGCCUUCACACUGGUGAGAGGCCCUACAAAUGUGACAAGUGUGGGAAAAACUUCCGUUCCUCCGCUCACCUCAUGUCGCAUCAGCUCCUUGAGUCUGGGGAGAGGAAUUUCAAAUGUACCACAUGCAGUAAGGCCUUUAAGCAGGCCUCAUCUCUCAAACAGCACUUAAAAACACACGAAGCCCGCGAGCCUCACCGCUGUUCUGUUUGUAGCCGAACUUUUUCUAGGUCCUCUUAUCUCCAGCUUCAUAUGAGAACGCACAGUGGGGAGAGGCCCUAUCAUUGCAUGGUUUGCAACCGGACUUAUGCCAAAAUGUCUACAUUUGAGAAACAUUGUAAAAAGCAUCAGCAGGAUGAAGAGAGGUGUGACAUCAGGCCCAGAGCAAUGACUACAAGGGCAAAAGCACUGGCUGAAAAGAAAAGGCAGGAGCAGAAACAGCAGCACCAAGAUGACCGCCCAGAACAACAUCAGCCGCCUGACAGAGAGCAGCAACAAGAUGGAGAGCAGUAAUAAUCACUAAAACCAAAAUUGGGUGUGGUUCCCCAUGCCCCCACCCCAAAUGGGGGAGAGAGUGGCUGAGUUAAUUUCUAUCAAAUAAAAACCCCGUGUCACACCAGUGUUGUUCAAGAAAACAUUCUGAAGUGGAAUUCUGCAUCCUAAAGUUUCCUGCUCUGUCAGCUGUCUUCUCCCAGUGACCGGAAGCCCAGGAUGCAGGAUCGACCCAGAAAUUGUAAAUUAAAAAAAACAAGUUCCAGGAGUA